GGCCACCGUACAUUUCCCUGGAAUGGACAACAAAAAUGUGGUGUGCGCUUCUUGAUAAAUAUUACGGCACAUUUUACGGCAGCAACUGUUCCCCUUUCUCCAAGUUGUUGCAAACCCUCUGCUGCAUUCCCACUUCACAGCCACUCCACCGUGAGGAAAAGUUGAGAGAGAAAAAAUAAAAGGUAAACAUGUCUGCGCUCAUCAGAAAAAUCAUCAACACUACAUCCGCUCCAGCUGCCAUCGGACCAUACAGCCAGUCGGUAGUUGUGGACAGAACAAUGUACAUCUCAGGACAGCUGGGGAUGGACGUGGCCUCUGGUCAGCUGGUAGAUGGAGGAGUGCAGUCCCAGGCUAAACAGGCUCUCAUCAAUAUGGGGGAGAUCCUAAAAGCUGCUGGCUGUGACUACACCAACGUGGUGAAGACCACAGUGUUGCUGGCUGAUAUCAACGACUUCAACAGCGUCAACGAGGUCUACAAAACAUUUUUCACCAGUAACUUCCCCGCCAGAGCUGCUUACCAAGUAGCUGCUCUCCCCAGAGGUGGACUGGUGGAAAUCGAGGCAGUUGCUGUUCUUGGUCCACUCUCUGAUUCCUGACUAGCCGGCCACAAACUGUAGUCAUGUAACCAUCAAGUGAUCUCCUUAGUUUACCAGUGGACGCUUUGUGUUGUUGCGGCGCCACAAGAAACACCUCACAAGGAUCUUUUAGACUUCUUGGACAUCUUUUCCUUGUUUUUCACAAUUUAGCAUAAAUCAGUUUCUUCUUUCACUAAUUUCCCACAUGGUUUCUUUAACAGAACACAAAGGCAAACUGUGUCUUUACAACCAGUCUAACAUUCCCUGGUCACAUUGGCACAAGCUUGCUAACUCCUUGUGCCGUUUGGCCUCUCAUCCCCUGUUAUAAGCAGCUCUGAUUGUGAUAAAUAAAUAACAUAGUAGUGAAACCACAUAUCUCAGAAUGGUUAGACACCCUCAAAUAUCCCACCACUUGUAUUUGUACUUAAUUUAGAUAUUAAAGAAAGUACAUACACCAGA